AUGUUCAGAAGAGCUUAUUCCACAGCUACAGCUAAUGGAUUAAAGAAAACUCCAUUAUAUGAUUUACAUAUUAAAUAUGGUGCAGAUAUGGUUGAUUUUGCAGGUUAUUCAAUGCCUGUUUUAUAUAAAGGUCAAAGUCAUAUAGAUUCACAUAAAUGGGUUAGAUCUAAAGCUGGUAUCUUUGAUGUCAGUCAUAUGUUACAACAAAAUUUAAAAGGUGAUGAUGUUAUACCAUUUUUAGAUAAAAUUACACCAUCUGAUUUUAAAGCUUCAAAACCUUGGGCCAAUCAAUUAACUGUAUUGUUAAACCAAGAUGGUGGUAUUAUUGAUGAUACUAUUGUGACAAAACAUGAUGAUGAUAAGAAUUUUUAUAUUGUUACUAAUGCUGGUACAAGAGAAAAAGAUUUAGAAUUUUUCAAAAAUGAAUCACAACCAUUUGAUGUUAAAUUUGAACAAAUUGAUAAUGCAUUGAUUGCAUUACAAGGUCCAUUAGCUUCUAAAGUUUUACAAAACUUCACAAAUGAAGAUUUAUCCAAGAUUUACUUUGGUAAUUCUAAAAUAAUUAAAAUCCCAGGUUUCAAUAAUUUAGAUAUUCAUUUAGCAAGAGGUGGUUAUACAGGUGAAGAUGGUUUUGAAUUAUCAAUUCCUAAAGAUGUUUCAAUAGAAUUCACCGAAGCAUUAUUAGAAAAUAAAGAUGAAGUUAGACCAAUAGGAUUAGCUGCCAGAGAUUCAUUAAGAUUAGAAGCUGGUAUGUGUUUAUAUGGUCAUGAUUUAAAUGAUACAAUAACACCAGUUGAAGGUGCUCUUUCAUGGGUGAUUGCUAAAAACAGAAGAGAUCCAAAUGUUAAUAAAUUCAAUGGUUCUUCCAAAAUCUUGGGUCAAUUAGCUGAUCGUUCAUUAGUUAAACAACAAAGAGUUGGAUUCACUUCAAAAGGUCCAGCACCAAGAGAAGGUACUGAAAUUUAUAGUAAAGAAGAUCCAGAAAAGAAAAUUGGUGUUGUAACAUCUGGUUCAUUAAGUCCUUCAUCUUCUGAACGUAUUAAUAUUGGUCAAGCUUAUGUGGAAAGAGGUUAUCAUAAAUCUGGUACUCCAGUAUUAGUUAAGAUUAGAAAUAAAUUAAGAGAUGCGACAAUUGCUAAACAACCAUUUAUUCCAUCAAACUACUACAGAGGAUAA